GAGAGGGAGAGAGAGAAAGAGAGAGAGAGGAGGAGGCUGCCUGAAUGAUCUCAUCCCUCCAGCAGCAGCUGCAUAGCGCAGCGAGGCAAAACCCCGUAACUUUCUAUCAAACUUACCAAGUUGCCUUUCAGAGGAGGACGACACCACCGGGGCGUUUUAACGCGUCUGAACCGGAGCGAACACGUUUUACCGAGUAGCCCUAAAGGUGAGGAGGAAGAGCUGCGCAGUUUGUGUUCCUCCGGACUUAAAACAGCAACGAGUUGAAACAAAAGGAGGAAAAACACGCUUCCUAUCGUGUGUGUGACAUCCAGGAGCCUGAGGCAGAAAGCAGAGGAAAGGGUUGUUUAUUUGGAGUAAGACAAAUGCGGUGGCAGUGUCGACACAGUUGAAGAAGCAGUAUGCAGGCUUGAAAGCUGAAGAAGUGGGCUCGUCCCUUCACUUUUUUCUCUUCACUUGUUGAUCCAGACAAUCAACCUGCUCAUGAAGUCAGGGAGCAGCAUCCCAUCCCAGAGGCAGCCAUGUCUCCCUGCUAAGUGCCUUUAGCCUUUUUGCACUGGUGUCAUUACCAGCCUGAAGCAUCCGCCCAUGGAACGCACCGUUGGGGGUUCCGUCCCCGCCACUGAUGAGUUUUACACCCGCCACCUCCGUAUGGUCAAUGGAGGGACUGUGACGACCCGCACAGACAACGUCCACGCCACUGUGAGCACAGGAGUGCCUAAAAUGGGUGUACGGGCUCGGGUGGCUGACUGGCCCCCGAGGAAAGACCUUGCAGGUGUCAUGUGGCAGUCGGGUACAGAGCCUGAGAACUCUGGUGUGCCCUCUGCUGGAAAAAGUCACAUUAAGUUAGGCUCUGCAAUGAGCCCUCAGGACUCGUCAAUGCUGCGUAACAUUCACAACACUCUGAAGAAUCGAACCCAGGCCCAGGCAAACAACUACAGCCCCGACACCCGCUACCUAGCCCCAGGAGACUACAGAGGCCCCGCACAUAGAAACCGACAUAGACGCAUCCGUCAGCGCAGCAACAGUGACAUGACCAUUAGCGAGAUGGAAGGCAGCGGAGACAGUGGCGAGGACUGGGGACCAGCGUCGGGAGCCAAAUGGUCCCCUCUUCAUCGCGAAUAUGGUAGCACCUCCUCAAUAGAUCAGCAUGGAGCAGCUGGAGAGAGCUUCUUUGAAAUGCUUCGGGGCUAUCACGGGGACAAAGUUGACCAGCGUAGCCCUGCUCCAGAGACACUGGAGGACAUGCUGAAUGUCGGGCCCAAGCAGGCCAGCGUUGAUCUUCAGGAGGACGUCGUAGACAGCCAGCCUACUAAAGCCAGAGAUAAGCCCCCAAAGAGACGGACUAAAUCUGAGACAGGGGGUGAGUCUAUAUUCCGUAAACUUCGUAAUGUGCGGGGCGAGUCGGACUCCCCCAGAGCGGGGUCCGACGUAGAGGACAGCCGCACGGAGGACAUGGGUCCCCUGUUCAAGCCCUGGGUGUGUCAGAAAAGCUUCGCCCACUACGAUGUUCAAAGCAUGCUGUUUGACCUCAACGAAGUUACACAGUUGCGGCAGAUCGCAGGCAAGAGGAAAAACACCACCACGGGGGCAUCCGCUGCCGCUGUAGCCUCAGCCACCUCAACCCUCUCGUCCACACACAGCCUGCCUUACAGCUCCCCGAGCGGCAGCCAGGAGGAGCUCAGUUCGAGGGACAGUCCUGGUCUGGACGCCGGGGACGAACAGAGCAAUGAAAUGCUGCUGAGUUGCCCCUGCUUCCGCAAUGAGAUAGGCGCUGAUGGCAACGGGAGGCGUAGAUUGGGAGGGUAUCAUGGGCUUGUGGGUGGUGGAGCUGAGCUGAGUGGGGAAGGAAAUGUGUACGAAACAUCUGUGAGCACGCACUGCACUAAUGCUGGAGUAGCAGUGCUAGAGGGACCAAAGGAAGGCCCCAGCACGCUCAGCGAAAAGGGCAAACAAUACAUUGUGGAGCAUGUGGAUCUGGGAGCCUACUACUAUAGGAAGUUCUUCUACCUUAGGGAGCACUGGAACUAUUUUGGGAUGGACGAGGCGCUGGGUCCAGUGGCAGUGAGCUUGCGCAGGGAGAAGCUGGAGGAGGACAAGGAGCACGGCCAGCAGUAUAACUACCGCCUCAUCUUCAGAACCAGCGAGCUGACCACGCUUCGGGGUUCUGUCCUGGAGGAUGGAGUGCCUUCCACCUCGAAGCACGGCACCACCAGGGGGCUUCCCAUCAAGGAGGUCCUGGAGUACCUUCUCCCUGAGCUGGAUAUGUCCUGCCUCAGACUGGCCCUCAACACACCCAAAGUCACUGAGCAGCUGAUGAAACUGGAUGAACAAGGGCUGAGUUUUCAGGUGAAAGUGGGGGUGAUGUACUGCCGAGCGGGCCAGAGCACCGAGGAGGAGAUGUACAACAACGAGAUGGCCGGUCCCGCCCUGGAGGAGUUCCUCCAGCUGUUGGGGGAGAAGGUUCGCCUCAAGGGCUUCACCAAGUACAGAGCCCAGCUGGACACCAAAACGGAUUCCACGGGCACUCACUCCCUGUACACGACUUACAAGGACUAUGAGAUCAUGUUCCAUGUGACGACUCUGCUGCCUUACACACCCAACAACAAACAACAGUUGCUGAGGAAGCGCCACAUAGGGAACGACAUUGUGACCAUCGUGUUCCAGGAGCCCGGCUCUCACCCCUUCACCCCGAAGGCCAUUCGCUCUCAUUUUCAACAUGUCUUUAUCAUCGUAAGGGUGCACGAUCCCUGCUCUGACAACACAUGCUACAGUGUGGCUGUCACCCGUUCCCAGGACGUUCCCUCCUUUGGCCCACCAAUCCCCAAGGGUGUGACCUUCCCCAAGUCCACCGUCUUCAGGGACUUCCUGUUGGGCAAAAUCAUCAACGCCGAGAACGCAGCCCACAAGUCAGACAAGUUCGGUGCCAUGGCAACGCGCACACGCCAGGAGUAUCUUCGAGACUUGGCAGAGCGUCACGUGACCAAUACUCCAGUAGAACCCACUGGGAAGUUCCCCUUCAUCUCUCUGGCGCACAAACGGCGAGAGAAGGUACGUCCGUACAGUGGGGCGGAGCUGCGGAGCCUGGGGGCCGUGACCUGGCAGGUCCACGCUGAAGAUCAGGUAGCCGGCGCUGAACGCGAAUGCCUGUUGGCCAUUUCAAAUGACUUCAUCAUCCUGUUGGAUCAGGAGGCCAAAGCGGUCGUGUUUAACUGUGCCACGCGUGAUGUGAUUGGUUGGUCAACGGGGAGCCCCGCCUCUAUGAAGAUCUACUAUGAGCGUGGUGAGAGUGUGUCACUGCGCUCCAUCAAUAACAACACAGAAGAUUUUGGAGAGGUCGUCAAGAGACUGGAGCUGCUGACCAAGGGCACUCAGACCACAGAGAUGACCCUGCGCCGCAACGCCCUGGGCCAGCUGGGCUUUCACGUGAACUUUGAGGGCAUUGUUGCUGAGGUGGAGCCCUACGGCUACGCUUGGCAGGCUGGGCUCAGGCAGGGCAGCCGAUUGGUGGAGAUCUGCAAGGUGUCGGUGGCCUCGCUGUCUCACGAGCAGAUGAUCGACCUGCUUAGAACCUCCGUUACUGUCAAGGUGGUCAUCAUCCCCCCACAUGAGGACUCCACACCACGCAGGGGCUGCUCAGAAAUCUACCACAUGCCGCUGGUGGAUUACAAGAACCACAAGGAGGGCAUGCCCUACGAGUUAAAGUUCCCUUUCCGCCCCACCAACAACAACAACACCAAGUGGCCACGCACCUCAUCCAGCCCUCAAACACGAGCUGCUGGCACGGGGGGAACGCUGAUCAAGGCCCCGGCGCCAUCAGACUUCAGUAACUCUGCUGCUAUUCCCCGAAGUGUGUCCAGCGACGGGCGACCCGUCAACCCCAAAAGAUACUCCCCAGGGAACGACAACUACGCUCUCGCCUGCUCCAUCGUGAUGGGCCGCACGCUGCACAACACCAACUCCCCUUCCAGCGUCCCAUACACAGACACCACGAGCUCCAACCAGUGGAGGCAGAAGUCGAUGCCUGAAGGGUUUAAUAACAACAACUGCCAGUCGCCUGUGUCAUCUGUGCGGCAGGUGCCAGGUGAGGGGGUCAACGGGGUCAAAGCGGGCUCUAGCUCUGGUGUUGGAUGGUCCCGAACUGGGGAGAGGGACAAAACCAGUGCAGACACUGUGGUUUCCAAGGCAGUGGUUCCUCGACUCCAGGCGUCAGAGCAGGGCAGCCACGUGUCUCCUAACAAAAGCACUAAGCCGGACGCUCCGUAUUCAUCCAGCCAGUCUAGCAGCAACACGCUCUCGAGCAACGCCUCCAGCUCCGCCCACAGCGACGAGAAGUGGUACGAAGUCGGCUCACGUUCAGGAGUGCGGAGCGACCUCGAGCUCAAUGGCUACCUCCAGGGCACCUCCACCGACAGCGGCAUCGACGCCACCUCCUUCACCGCCACACAAAGCAGCACAGCUUCCUCCACUGGUGCCUUCAGGGCCAAAGACAAAAUCCCAUGGCAGGAUGACACAGCAGGCAGCCAAGGGGCCACGGACUCUUCAGCCCCGUCGCCAGACUCUCUUGUCGCCAUCGGAGGCAGCGAGGUCCCAGCGAAGAGUCCAACAGCCUUUCCCCUGGUUCCUGAUAACGGCUCCUACAGCCUGAGUGACGCCGCCUCACACUCCAGCACACUCAGUUCUGGCCACUCGGGGAGUCCGAUGGACCAGGGGCAAGACGAGGCAGCUGCCGCGGCCACCUCACCCACAUCACCGGGGUCCAAGAGUUUCUACCCUCGGCAAGGAGCGACCUCCAAGUACCUGAUUGGCUGGAGAAAACCUGGGGGGACCGUCAACUCUGUGGACUUUGGCAGCACUCGCAAACGGCACCAGAGUGAUGGUCUUCUGGGAGGUCAGCCGCAGCUCAGGGCCAAUCUCCGGGGCUCCCAGUCUCCUCAGCGGCACACCGCCAAGUCCAGCCUGGAAGAAGACUUGAAGAAGCUCAUCACACUUGACAGCCCUCCACCCACUACGAGUGAAGAGAAGCCGUUGUUUCCGGGUCCGCCGCCCGUUCGUCGCUCCCUCCAGAGAACCCUGUCAGAUGAGAGUAUUUACAGCGGGCAGAGGGAGCCAUCCUCCAGUGGACAGCGCGACACGCCAACUGACCUUCUGUUCAGCUGCUCCACAAUUCCACGCUCACCCACCGCUCGCCAUGGACCAAGCCGGCGAGCAUCACACAAAUCCCUGGGAGACCUGUCAGCCCCAGAGAGCUCAGAGGAGCAGGAGAGGAAGAGGCAGCAGCUGCAGGACGCCGUCCUCAUGCCCCUGCCUGACUCUGGGGCAGAUGGCCCGCUGGACUGGGCCCACCUGGUAGACGCUGCCAAGGCCUUUGAGGAGCAGAGGCUGGUCUUCCUAGCAGCCCAAGAGGAGAGCUCCAUGGCUGAGAGCGCAGCAGCCACCAGUCCCCAGCAGGCUGAGCCUCAGGCAGCCCCGCUGAGACAGCCCUCGCCAGGAGAGACUCCUGCCUGCCUGAUGGGGAAGGUCAGCCAGCUGGAGUCAAUGGUGAAAGUGCUACAGGAGGACUUGAAGAAGGAGAAGGAUGCCAAGGCGUCGCUGCAGGCUCAGAUCCAGGGCCUGCGCGAGGACAACCAGCGUCUCCUGGAAGAGUCCUACAGCGCCUCAGCCAAGCUCAAGAAGUUCACAGAGUGGGUCUUUAACACCAUCGACAUGAACUGACGCGCUCAGCUGCAGACUGCUCUACAUUAGGAGUUUGACCACUACUCAAGCUGAUCUGAAACUUCAGUGCUGCACACACACACAAAACAGAAUUACUUACAAAAACUCACAACGUGAACUGUUUCUCUCGGGCUUUUACAAACCAGUGCCAACAUGGACUUACACGUCUUCAGCCUUGGGGAUCUGUGGUAUAAUCACCAUGAAAGACUUCUUGGGAAAGAACAGGGGACUAGAAGAAAAAAGAGCAGCGGUGCGACUGUACGUCAGUUUUGAUCAGCAUGCACUCCCUUCCUUAGAACUUCACAAAUAUGAUGCUUUGUGUCCGAUCUAAUGGAUUGUCGGUACCCCCUGCAUGUCGGAGACGGCAAGCAACUAACCUAAAGGGAUUUAACAGUCGCUGUCCCCAUUUAUCUCCCCUGCUAACCUAAUUACAAGCGAACAGAUUUCCAAUUAAAAAGCUCCAACACAAUUUAAAAUGUGUUCCUCCCAUGCAAGAGUUGAUGAAAAUAGUCCUCUAAUAGAGGAUUACACUUUCUAAGGAUUAAGUGAUAGUGUGUUGUAAAUGAAUUGCUGUUCAAUUUCCCAUUUCAGUGAUAACACUGAUUAUUUUUUAUUACUAACCAAAAGAAAAGAAGCUAUAUGAGAUGAUGGGAGAAGCUAUGCUUAGCAGUGUAGGUAGGUAGAUACAGACAGACAGACAGACCCUCUGCACAGCACAUAACUGUAAACACUGUAAGGUCAAGUCUGUAAUGUAAUAAGAAGUGUUGAACUUCUAGAGGGUUAAAAGCAAGUAAAACUUGUAAAGGACUACUGGUGGUCACAAGCUGAUGAAAAGAAUAUAUAUUGUAAAAUCACAGAACAAUAUGGGUGCCAUAAAGAUAGAGAUUGACAGUUCAGUGUCACUUAUUCAGAUUAUUGUAAAUAUAUGAUGUUAACAUUUAUUUUCUCACCUCUGCCCUUGAUAUAUGUAAAGAAGAGUAUUUAUGACAAAGAUGAUGGCCAAGAAAAGAAAAACAGUUGUAUGCAGUUAGAGAUCUGCAUGUACUUAUAAUGGUCAGUCUCCUAUAUGAGAAAAAAUAUAUGAACUUUAACUCUAAACUGAGUUUUCAACAGGAGAAAGCUAACUUUUGAUCCAAAAUACUAAUUCUUGUGUUUUUUGAAACCGUUAAUGCAGUGGAUUGAUUGACAGCGCCACCUAUUGUUAACAUGUCCUCCAUCCAUAGCAUGCUAAAAUCUGAUCCUUCUUCUCUCAAUGGAUUAAAUCGGUACUGUUCAAUAUGUGAUUACAUAUUAAGAUAUUGUGUAAAUCCUGAAAUUCCAGCUACAGAGUUCUCUGUAGUGUGUAAAUCUGCUUGUCAGCCCGAAUUGAAUCUGUAGCUGACCACACAAAGUCCUUAUUUAAGCCUCAUAACUGUUUCCUUUUCUACUCAGAUACUGUGUAGCUGUACAUAAGGAGAAUUUGAUAUUCAUCAGAAUUUGCACCUUCAUUUUUAUUUUUUAAAAUUAUUUUUUGAUGUAUUUCUGCUUUAUUGGCUAGGAUAUAGGAGAGUGAAUGGAGCAAUAUGAAAGAUAAAUGGGGAGAGACAUAAGACAGGACAAAGACCAUGAGUCCCAGGCCCCUAGCACAGCAGAUCGCCCCUGCCACCUUCAUUCUUAACAUGUGUGACAGCAUGUGAUUCUGUUUCCAUUGAGCUGUGAUGUGUAAAAAUGUUUAUAUCUAUUAAAGAUAUUUUGUUGAAUUACA